AUGACCGUGUCGCCUCCUCGAGCAACCGCGUCCGAGACCAAAACUGCCGUGGGCAUUCCUCUUCAAAUGCACUCGGCACCAUACUCGCUCGUUCUUCGCGCUUCGCUCCGCAUCUGGACGAGCGUCGAGACCUUUCGCAGCAAGCGCAUCAUGUGCACAAAUCGAACGAUUCUCAAGACGCACGCGUGGAUGGGCGCAAUCGCGAGGGGCCUCAGUCGCCACCCGAUCUCGUCGGUUGUCGACACGGGUGGCAUCUCUGGCGUCGUGGCGUCGCUCUUCCGAGACGAAAGCCCUGCAAAAGAGGACCAGCUACUGCAGACCCUUCAGGUCAAAAUCAACAAUUACGAAACCCUUGAGCAGCGCCAACAAGAGGAGCUGCAGUUAUGCUUGGAAGGCGACCGCCUCACGACGAGCAACAUGCCGUUGCUAGCACAGCACUACCGGAAGCUCCAAUCCAAAUACAACGACCUCGACCAAAGCCAUCGCGACCUCACGCAAAAGCUUCUCUCGAGUCGAAAUUUUGAAGCCGAGCUCUUGGCCGUCCAGACCAAAUACCGCGAAAUGGAAGCUGCCCACGUCGCCCAAGCAGCGUACGUCCAGAAAUCCCAGCGCGAGAUGCAAAAAAUCAGCGUAUACAAGCAAACGAUAAGUACGCAAGAGAGCGUCAUUGCCAAGCUCGAGAAGCUCGUCGACGCCAAGCUUGGCGAAGCCAAGGCCAAUUCGAUUGGCCCAAAUGUUCACGCAGAGAUUUUUCGCCUGCGUCUCGAAAACGCCUUUUUGAAGGAGCAAGCCACGUACCACAUUGCGUCUGCCCGUGCCCACGAACCGGGGCUAGGCUCGGCUCGGACGAUGGCGACCAAGCCGAUGGUGCCUCCGUUGCGGCCACCUCGACAGGCCAACGGCGAGGCCUCUAGCGACAGGGACGAGCCCCCACCGACAAAGCUGUUUUUGCCGGCAAUUGUGGCGCGCGCAGACAAAGCAGUCAACACGGAGACUCCAGCGGCACUGUCGAGCCCACGAACGGGCUCGACCGACGACAACAAUGUGCUCGUGGUGCGGGUGCGGGUGCUGGAGGACCAACUGCGCGUGAUCGCGACCAACGCCGCCCAAGAGAGAGAUCGCGCAGCUCAAGGCAGCGCUCUUUGA